UUUUAACGACCGAGGCAUCUGUACAUAUUCCCAACGCCGGGUCUCAUAUUCACUCUCUUCUUCAUUACAUUCCAAUCAUUCAAUCUGAACCCCUCUUAUCCAGCUGACGAGGUUACCUCCUCAAUACUACCUAUACUACCUACUUAGCAACCCUUCGUACUUCGACCUUCCUAAGUUUCCGAAUUCUCGAAGGUAGCCCGAUACCAUAUCAACAUUUAUUUACCGUUGCACGUCGUGCCUUUGGGCAAAUCCCGAUACGCAUUCUCCGAGGCUCGUCGGCGGCGAGCAUCCCCAAGCCAAUAUUAUCAACCGACAAGAUUCCUCCCAUAACGAGAAAGCGGAAAGCCGCUGAGGCGAAGAUUUCUGCCGACACUCCCGAGGCCCUUCCCAUCAAACGAGUCCUCGCCUCAGCAGCCGCUACAAACGCAGCGCCUCCAACCCCGAUUACCGGCAUGGAUUCAGACGAGGACUUCGUCUCGACUAUUUCGAGCGGAGACGAUAUUAUGCAAGAUGACACCGACAAUGAUGACUUAUCGGGUGCUGAGGACUUCGACGUGUUUGACGAUGAACCUGAUGACGUACCUGGUAUCCUUUCACAAAAGUCGGAUAAGAAGAAGGGCGUGUCGUUUGAUAUCAGUUACAAAGUAUACGCGCCGAGCGACAUCGAGCACCAGCAAGAAGAAAUGAUCAACGAAGUUAACAUGAUCUUGGAAAUGAGCAAAGAAGAUGCCGCUAUCCUAUUGCGCCACUUCCGAUGGAACAAGGAGCGCUUAAUCGAGGAUUAUAUGGAUAACCCAACCAAGGUCCUCGAGGCAGCUGGUCUAGGUCCUAGCUCUUCCACUCCGCCUAUAUUAGAAGUAAUACCAGGGUUUGCUUGCGACAUAUGCUGCGAGGAUGAGGAGGGACUUCUCAGUUUCGCUAUGAAAUGCGGCCACCGCUACUGCGUCGAUUGCUACCGACAAUACCUCACACAGAAGAUCCGCGAAGAGGGCGAGGCAGCCCGUAUCCAAUGUCCCGCCGAGGGUUGCCACCGCAUUAUCGAUGCCCGGUCCUUGGACUUGCUAGUGACGGCUGACCUAGCGGGUCGAUACCAAGAACUACUCAACCGCACGUACGUUGAGGAUAUAGAUUCCCUCAAAUGGUGUCCUGCUCCCGACUGCGAGAACGCUGUCGAGUGCCCUAUCAAGAAGAAAGAUCUGGAUAAGGUGGUCCCGACCGUUGCUUGCGCGUGCGGCAAUCGAUUCUGCUUCGGCUGCAUACUUAGUGAUCAUCAGCCAGCGCCGUGCGAGCUUGUUAAAAAGUGGUUAAAGAAAUGCGCAGAUGAUAGCGAAACCGCUAACUGGAUCUCAGCCAACACUAAGGAAUGCCCUAAAUGUAACUCGACGAUUGAGAAAAAUGGCGGCUGUAACCAUAUGACUUGCCGAAAAUGUAAGCACGAAUUCUGCUGGAUGUGUAUGGGCCUAUGGUCGGAGCACGGGACGAGCUGGUAUAACUGCAACCGAUUCGAGGAGAAGAGUGGUACAGAAGCGCGCGACGCUCAGGCAAAAUCACGCGUGUCUCUAGAGCGAUACUUGCACUACUAUAACCGAUAUGCCAACCACGAGCAAUCAGCACGUCUGGACAAGGACAUCUAUCAGAAAACAGAAAAGAAGAUGGUGCAGUUGCAGACGGCAUCGGGCAUGUCCUGGAUCGAAGUGCAAUACCUUAACUCGGCGUCGCAGGCAUUACAGACGUGUCGGCAGACGCUCAAGUGGACGUACGCCUUCGCUUUUUACCUGGCCCGAAAUAACCUAACAGAAAUCUUCGAGGACAACCAGAAAGACCUGGAGCUUGCGGUUGAGGCGUUAUCGGAGAUGUUCGAAAAGCCCAUUGCGGAGCUGUCGGCACCCAAGCUCAAGGUUGAUAUCAUGGAUAAGACAGCAUACUGCAACCGACGACGGGUUAUCCUGUUGGAGGACACAGCAGAUAACUUGGCUAAUGGACGAUGGACUUUUAACGUAGACCUCAAGAGCAACACUCCGGGAGCAAGCGGGGCCAGCUCUCGGGGGUAAACUACCUAACCUAUAUUAUGUGUAACGGCAUCGAUAGAUAGAGGAGAUGAUCACGGCCGGAGUUUGGAAGGCAUCAUCAUUACUAUAUUGGCCAAUUCCAAUUCCAAUUCACGAUGAACGUAUAUCAGAUACAAAGUUUGUGGCUACCAUUCUAAUUAACUAACAAAAGAACAAGCUAGUAUGAACUCUCAGAAGACUUAGACAUAUUAGGUACGCAUUGCUACGAGAUUCUCUAUCUUAGGUACAUUUUAGCGGGAGUCUUGGGAGGAACAAUAGAACGUUUUAUCAAAAUUAUAGAAAAUAGCAGACGCUGUGGGUUUCGCCGUAGAUGUUUUAGUUAAUGUGUUAUAUCU